ACUGGUGUGGAAAAGAUGGCUGCUUCGGCGGCAACGGCGAGUUCUUCCCCCGGUUUGUGUCCGAAUUACGCCGUGAUUUGCUCCUUCCUCGAGCGGUACGGAGCGUUGCUGGAUUUACCGGAGCUCACUUUUCCUCAGCUGGAGAGAUAUCUGCAGGACACAUCCUCAGUGCCGAAGCUGCUGGUUGACCUUCACGUCAAGUUGCUGAGGAAGAUCGGCAAGUCGGUGUCAGCAGACAGAUGGGAGAAAUAUCUAGUCAAGGUAUGCCAAGAGUUCAACACAACAUGGGCAUGGGAACUCGAACAAAAGGGAUACAAGGAGAUGACGAUGGACUGCAAGACGGGGAUACUUAAAUAUCUGUGCGAGUGUCAGUUUGAUGAAAACGUGAAGUUCAAAACUGCCAUCAAUGAGGAGGACCCGGAUAAAAUGCGGCUGCAGCCAGUUGGCCGGGACAAAGACGGCCAGAUGUACUGGUUUCAACUGGACCAAGACAACAACGUGCGCGUUUAUGUGGAGGAGCAGGACGACCUAGACGGGUCAUCUUGGAAGUGCAUUGUCAGAGAUAGAAACGACUUAGCUGAGGUCGUGGCUCUGCUGAAGACACAAAUUGACCCUGAGCUGUUGAAAAAGGAAGCGCAAAAACAGGAGACCAAACUUAACAGUGAAGAGGAUGAGAAAAAAGCAGACGAAGGUAAAGUUAAAAUGACCGACGACACAUCAGAUGAAGACAGCAAAGACUCAGACAAGGCUGCCUGCCCAGUCUCACCAAAGACAGAGAACAAUGAGAAAGUAACACAGAAAGAUAACUUGAAACCAGAAGCUUCUGAGGCCAAAUCAUCCCUUAAUGGCGUCAUCGAAGCCAAAACCGUAUCAGAACUCCGCUCAGAAAACAUCAGUGCGAAAGCCCAGAACAUCAAAGAAGAGCCAAUGGAGGUGUCAGGCUCUAAAUCAAGCACGGCAACGAGUGAACCCGCCUCUGAAACACCAUGUUUACCCGUAAAGGCAGAAAAAGGAGAGGAGGCCAAGAGGAACAGCGCUGAGGAGAUCCAACAGGCUCUGAAGAAUGACCAGCAGGCCAAAAUCCCUUUGAAAAAAAGAGGAAUGAAGUUUAGUGAAGACUUUGAAAAAAACAGUGGUAUUGUAGUGCAAAAUCCAACUGUUUCUCAGGUCAAGGAAGCUUCUAAAGCUGACACGACUCAGAGCAUAAAGGAUCAUGUUAAUGGUGAAAUUAAGCCUGCGUCAGAGAAAGAUCUCCAGAGUCAUUUGAGCAAAUCAUUAAAAGAAACCGCCGUCGACAAAGAGCAGGCGACUGAACCAGCCGCGAGUAAAUCUGUAGAAGUGAGGGAAAAUGACUCGCCAUCCACAGACAAGGAGGGGACUAAAGAUAAAAAGGACGACGCCGCCGGUGCAAAAAAGAUCUCGGAGGCGGUCGCAUCACACCACGCAGACUUGGCUAAGAAAAAUCUUGCCCUGCAGGUAGAAAAGGAAAGCACCGCAGCAACAGAAAAGAAAGAAGCACACGAGUCUCCCCCACCACCAAAAGCGGAGUCACCACCUUUACCUAAAGAUGUAAAGAAUGCACUCGAGCAGUCACCUAAUCAUGAAAAGUCUGAAAAGACGCAAGAGAAACCAGCCGUUACAGGAGAGUCUUGUGCUGUUGACAAGACGACCAAAUUAAAGGAAACUUAUAAAACAUUAACAACUGAUGAGUCACAGAACCUAAAUUUAAAUCAUGAAGUCAGAUCCAAAGAAGCUGAAACAAGGAAGGAAAUACCAGCCUGUGUAGACAUGGAUACACCAGAGUCAAGUCAGACUGAAGAAACUAAGUCGACAGAGAGGACAGAAAAUGUAUCAGACAUGAAGCAAACAGAAGUGAGGGAUAGAAAUGCUGAAGAACUGGCAACUUCUGAGACUAAUGUAGAGGACUUGAGUGACUCGGCACUGAAAGAGAAGCCAGGAGUCAUCAAAACAACAGACACGCAGACUGCUGACAGAGAGCCUCCAAACAAAUCUGAUGACUCUGAAAACACUGUAUCACCACGUGUCAUUAAAAAGAAAGAAGUUGUAAAAGACGGUGAUGAUACAGGGACCCAAGAAGUCACACAAAGUUCUACUGUCAUUAAAAAAGCAGAAAAACCGCCAGUCAGGGAGAAAUCAGAGGACACAUCCAACAUUAAGGAGAGUGUAGAGUCCUCUGUCAUUAAAAAGGUAGAUAAAUCGGAAUCAUGUAAACCUACCGAGAAGCACGAUAACACUAAAGACACAGAGGCGACUCCGGAGAAAUCCAGUACAGCCUCAGAAAAGCCUGAGGAUUUAAAGACAAUUGUCAACUGUGAAGACAAUACGAUACGUGAUGUUACCAAGAUAAGCGACUCUUUGUCAGGACCUAUGGAGGUAGAGGGCGUGGCAAGUAAACUGGAACUGACAAAGCCACAAGAGGAUGACAAAACUGAGAUGAACUCUGUUGUGCAUAAGACGACAGAGGAAACAUCUGAAGGGAAAGAUGAACCAUCCAGUCCAGCUGAGAGGUCUAACGUCUCUGAAGAAACUGGUAAAAACCCUAACAAAGAGGAGGAAAAGGUGUCUGACGAACAGCCUGAACGAAUCGAGACAGAGCGUCCAUCAUCAGAGAGUAAAGAGGAUGCCGACAAGGGAAGUGAAAAAGACACAGGCGAUGAAAAACUUACAACUGACAGUGAGAAACAGCUGCCUCAAGACAAAGAAAGUAAAGAGGAUUCUACGAUAGGUGAACUCUCAAAAACUGAGAAAGCAAAGGAGGAGAAACACGGUCUUAAAGAAAGCAAAACCUCACCCAAAAUGGAGAAAUCUGGUCACGAAAAUGCGAGCAGAGAAGCUGAUGUCGAACCCUCAACUGAAACUGAAAAACCGGGCCACCCGAGCAAAGAACCGUCCACCGAUAAACCCACUGACGAGAAAAGCAAAAGCGAAGAAGAGGACUCCGCAACAAAAAAAGAGGUGGCAAACGGCGGUGAAGCUCCGACAGACGUUAAGGAGGAGGGUGUUCGUCGGAAAAUCAAGCCCCCAGCCCAUCGACGGAAAGCUGAACUUCAGAGGGAGGAGAGACAGGGGGAUUCAGAGUCCGAUAUGAACACGGGGAGAUCUCUUCGAAGAUCACCAAGGAUCUCUAGGCCGACGCCGAAGGCGGUAGAGAUCCACGACAGGAAGAUGGAGAAGUCGCAGGCCCCUCCAGCGGCUGAGAAACGUGAGGACAACAAGGCCGAGAAAGAAAAAGACGACGAGGAGGAGGACGAAGUGGAGGAGGUGAAGGCUGUUCGGAAGAAACCAAGGGAGAAAAAGGCAGAUCAGGAGGGUCAGCCCAAACCCAAGGGGAGAAAGAGACGGAAGAUUCGGUGGUCCAACACCCGAACACGGCGUAAAAAGAAAGGCUCUGAGGAUGACGACGACAACAGCGACGAGGAGUCCAGCGAGGAGGAGGAGAGCGAGGAGGACGACAGCGACGAAGACUACAAGGUCGAGCGGAGCAGAAAGAGGCGGAACCGCAACCGAGAAAGACGGAGCUCGGACUCCUCGACAUCCUCAGACGACGACCUACCUCCAAAUGACGACCCCUGCAAACAUUGUGGUCUUCCAAAUCACCCUGAGCUGAUAUUACUGUGCGAUUCGUGUGACAGCGGCUACCACACAGCCUGCCUGAGGCCUCCCCUCAUGAUCAUCCCGGAUGGAGAAUGGUUCUGUCCACCCUGUCAACAUAAGCGGCUCUGUGACAAACUAGAAGAGCAGCUCCAGAACCUCGACGCAGCUUUGAAAAAGAAGGAACGGGCGGAGAGAAGGAAAGAGCGUCUUAUUUAUGUUGGAAUCAGUGUUGAAAACAUCAUCACGCCCUCAGUGGAGGUCGAGGAGGCAAAGCCCGAGAUCAUAAUCAAAGAGAAGAAAGAAGCAAAGCGAAGUAAGAGCUGGGGCCGAAGGUCAACAAGGACAAAGAAAAACAUCAGCUACAGAUUUGAUGAAUUUGACGAGGCCAUCGAGGAGGCAAUUGAGGAGGACAUCAAAGAAGCGGAGGGCGGAGGAGCUGGUCGGGGCAAAGACAUGGCCAACAUCACAGGCCACAGGGGAAAGGACAUGUCCGUCAUCCUUCACGCGGAGGAGGGUAAGGAGAACGGCCGCCCGCCACGAACCAGCGCCGGUCAGCGCAGGAAGAAACGCCGGCGGCUCAAUGACCUGGACAGCGACAGCACCGUGGACGAAGAGGAAAGCGAGGAAGAGUUUCGCCUCAGCGAAAGCUCAGAGGAAGAGUUUGUCGUAUCAGACAAUGACUCGGAGGCCGAAACGGAGGCGGACUCGAACGACAGCGACUUUGGCAGCAACGGCAGCGGGAGGCAUCAUGCUCCUUCGCGGAGCAGGAAGCCACCGAAACGACGACGAAGCUCCCGAAAGCGGCGGAGACCAAGAGGGUACUCGGAUGAUGAAGAAGAUGAGACGGAUGAUGACGAUGAAGAAGAUGAAAUAGUGACCGAAGGCUCCAGUGAGUACAGCGACAGCGAUCUCGAUGUGAGUCGACGGCGGUCCCGGCGGAGUCAGAAAAAGCAGGUGAACUACUGUGAGACGUCGGAGUCUGAAGGCUCUCAGGCAGAAACCAACCGGGCAAAAAUGAAGCCCAGACGUCGCCGGGACAGCUCGGAAAGUGAAGCGAGUUUCUCCAGAGACUCCGAGGAGGAGUCGAGGGACCGGAGGGUGAAGAGGAGAGCCGACUCCUCAGAGGAAGACUCGCGGCAGCGACGCAGACGUCUCGCACUAAAACGCAGGAGAGCAUCCGAAGAGGACGAUUCGGACGACUCGUCGGACGACACGUCCUCGUCGUCGUCGGAGGAGGAUCGUCCCGUGCGCAAACGGGUGAACCGCAUCGACUCGGACGAUGACGACGAGGAGCAGGAGGAGAAGCCAAAGGAGAAGAAAGCAGAGGAGGAGUCAAAGGGAACAAAUCCAUUGGACUGCAAUCUGGUGGAGCUGCAACCCACCAACGGACAGAGCCCGAUAAAGAGCAUCGAGGGCUUCAUCAGCCGGCCUGCUGCCGCUGCUCCGGGCCUCAUCCCACAUCUGGAGCCGCCCAAAAACAUCAGCGCCCCACCAGCCGCCGCCAUCGCACCCAACGGUCUGGCAGGCCAGGAGAUGGCAGCGCAGGAGGAUGACGAAGACGACCUGUUAGGAGUCACAGACCUAGUCGACUACGUCUGCAAUAACGAACAAUUGUAAAAACAAAAUGGUGUACUGUUUCAUUUUUUGUGGUAUUGUAUUUUUAUAUUGCUUAACUUUAUUAUUCCCUCCCCCACCAACACUUCCUUUUUACUUGUGUUAUCUGGAGCUUGAUUCUCAGCGAUCUCCGCUACAGUAAGAACUGGAUCUCUGUCACCAGUCUAAUGCUGUCCCUGUGGGAUUGUACAAUAACGAAUAAGGGCACCAACUCUUCAAGUCUCAUUUAUUUGGUAAUAAUCAGUUUACCUGCACCAUCCACAUCAUCCAGCUCCACUGCCAAAACCACCACCUUCCUCUAAAAAUGUGUCACUCAUCUUUUCUCCUGUCACAUUGUCCUGUUUUCAUUUUGUUUUGUUUUAUUUUUUUACUGUCACGUCUGAGAUUUCUACAAAUCGUGCUCCGUUACCCAUCUACGUGUAUGGAAAAUUGGCACUGAAAUUGUUUAUUGUGUAGAAAGUAGUUCACGAUGUGUUGUUGAUUUGACUGCUAAAUGACUGGGACUUCGGGAGGAAGACAAGGCAUUCCAUAGUUGUCAUGAAUUUCUGGGCAUCAAAAGUGAAUUUUGGUUUAAUAUUUUAUCCUUCAAAGGUUUAGACGAGAAGUUUGAUACCACUCGCAUGUCCGCCUGUUAAAUUUAGCCUAGCUUAGCACAAAGACCGAUUUUACUUGUGAUUUGGUACAAGGCAGCAUCUUUCUACUGGUCAGACGGAGGCACGGUCAGCCACAGCAGGACCAGAGAGAGAGAACUGGGCUGCUUUGUCUGGCUACUGUGGCUGUGACUUUCUAUGCUAACAGUAGCUAGUAGGCAAAACAAAGCUAGUCCAUGGUUGGUAAGGCGAAGAGUGCUUGACUUUGCCACAGCCGGUGGUGUUUUUAGGUGGAAAAGGAUAUUGGGGGAACAGCUACUUUGGACAGAUGCAAGACCAGAAAAUUACACAAUGGUACAAUUUGACAGUGUGCUAUUUUUUUCUUUUUCAACCUAUAAUCCAGGUGAUAAUCCGAGAGAGCACACACCUGUUCUCUUCAACCUGCUGCCGUGCUGCUUAGUCUGGUUUGCAGAGCAGGCCCAGUUUUACCGCGUUUGUCCAAAUGGCCUUCACGUGUCGUGAUCCUCUCCGCUUGAGAUCCUGAAAGCCUGGUCUUGACCAGGUGCUUUCCCCAUAGAAGCAAAAAGCAGCUUAAUUCGACAAGCUAACUUAGCAGUUGGCAAUAUUUAUUUAUUUAUUUUUAUUCCUGGACAACCACUUUGUUAAAGGGAGAUGCUGUUGUUGUGUUACGUAUUUGAAGUGGUUUGUUACAAAGCGAAACCAGAUACAAACCGGUGCACAGCCUCCACUUGCCCCGCUGACCCAAAUCACUGCUCUGCUCCGGUCUUAGUCUUUUAAAAACCAGUUAGUUUAACCAGUAACAACCAAAACACAUCAGAACUUUCAUGAAAACAUUGGUGUGCUCCAUUUUAAAGAAAUUUCCGUUCAGCUGUGUUUAACGUAAACCGACCAACCUCCUUUUGUUAAUGUUGUUUUAAGCUCAUUUGAUGUUAGAUCUUUUACAGAGUCCAACGAAGCUGCGUUAUUUGUUGAACACUGUUCAGUAGUUAAGAUUGAUAAAGUCCAGGGCAGUCGCAGUCGUCGUGGGGGGUCAUCUCACUUUAUUUUAACACUAAUAGUAGAACUUCAGGAAGGUUUUCCUCAUUGUUGUGUUAAUACUGUUUUCUGUGAUAUUUUUUGGCCACAAUAUUCAUAGCACGAAAUGUUGAUAGUGUCAUACCCCCCCCCCCCCGGCUUUCCGGCACCUUUAAAGCUCACCGGUUAACAUGUUAUAUCCCGCUCGUUUAAUCCAUACAAAGAUCGGUGUGUGUGAAAAUGGCAGUUAGCUGUGAAAUCACCCCACAUAAAACGCUAGAUUGUCGUUUUUACACUUGCGGUUUUGCACAGAUUUAUCAGAUGAGAUAUGAGGUGUUAAUUAACGGGCCUUGGAGGUGUUGGUAGGUGACGGUAGGUUCACACUCAACCAGGCAGAUGUGAGAGUGGUAUCGAUCUUUUUCAUCUUGCUCGCCUCCAGAAACCACAUUUCCAAAAUGUCAGACUCUUACUUUGAAGUAUUCUGGCUUGUUUUACAUUAAUUUGCAAAAGCUUUAGA